UGUCCGGAAAACCAAUUCAUUGCAAGGAAAAAUGGAUAAAGAAGCACUGGAUGACACCUUCCAGAGAUAGAAGACGUUGUGAUGGACCAUAAAACAGGAAUAGAGAAGAAAGCUCAGGCAGAGGAGAGAGGGAGGAGUAUCUCCCCAGACCUACACUGUGAGAUUUUGGACUUGAGUGGAGGAGAGAAUCUCACAGAGCUGUGCAAAAGGGAAAAAAAGAUCAAGGAAACAUACUCGCCCAGGGUGUCUGUGGAAAGCCCUGUGAUAGGGCCCACGGAUACUGUAGAUUUCAUGAAUGCAGCCAGUCAAGGCAAACUGAAUGUAAUAGACAAGUAUCUGGCUGAUGGUGGGAACCCUAAUGUCCAUGAUGAGUUGAAGAGGACAGCACUACACCAUGCCUCUCUGGAAGGACACACUGCAGUUAUCCAAACGCUUUUAGAAAAAGGAGCCGAUAUCAACUUUAAAGAUCAACUGGGCUCCAGGGCCAUACACUGGGCCUGCAGAGGGAGAAGCCCGGAUGUUGUCAAAGCCCUGAAGAGCCUCGGGGCUGACCUGAAUGCUAGAGAUAAGUUGUACAGCACUCCUCUGCAUGUGGCCACAAGAACAGGCCACACCGCCAUUGUUGAGUACCUGCUGUCCUGUGGUGCCAAAAUCAACUCCAAGGACAGGGAGGGAGACACAGCUCUGCAUGAUGCUGUGCGACUCAACAGAUACAAGAUAGUGAAGCUGCUCAUAGCUGCAGGGGCAGACACAAAUGUAAAAAAUCAUGAAGGAGUGACCGCAGUGCAGCAGGUAAAACAAUGGCAGUUUGACAUCAUGGAGACCCUGCAGAGACUGGAGAAGCUGAGGGAGGUGGGACCUGAAAACACCUACAGGGAGGAGUGAAUAGUGCAAAAGAUGUACAUCUCCUCAAACAGUAUAUUCUUUAUGACAUAACUUUAUACGACUAUCUGUCUCAGGUUCAAAAUACAUUUUGUAAUUCCACUGUCUGUGUACAUCAUAUUUGAGUAUAUGCAUUAUAUGUGCUCACCAACAAAAUCCGCCUUUAUAGGGCAUGGGGGUUAAACCUCUGAGAUUUGUUUGAGCUCUGACACUAAAAAAGGUCAGCUUGGAUGUGAGAGAUUCAGCUCUGCUUAUCUUAAAAACAAAAAGGAAACAAGAACAUAUGAAUGAGGAAACAAAGCUGAAUUUCUCAAACGGUUUUGCCAAGCUUUAGCUUUUGAUGUUCUCUUCUUAAGAGCUUUAUGAUCUGAGCAGUGCUCUCAUGGAGAGUUCCUAUCUGAUUUGUGAUGCCUUUGUAAGUUGAAUAAUAGCAAUAGAUACUGCUGUGCAGAAGCUGCAUUUGAAUAUACAUCAAGCGCUCGUUUUAUUGAGGCGACAGAUAAGGCCUGAGCACACAGUAGCGCUGUGUUUGGGACUUCAGCUGACGAUAGCAGAGAUGGCUGGUAUGCACCCGCUUUAAGUCAGGGAUUCAAGGGGAGCUCAGUGGACAUAUUUUCCUUCUAUCAUCAGUGGCACAAAUGUUCCUGAGGGAGGUUGGUCAUUCACACGGGGGGAACCAACAGCCUGCUCCAAUGCUUGCAAUGUAGUUGUUUAUGCACAAUUAGUCAUUACACAUACAUUCAUUUUGUGAGCACAUUUUGUUCAACAGCUACUGCUGCAUUUUUCACAGUGUGACUGUAAAAUGCUGUUUUGAAAAGAGUGCAGUCUUCUGUUAAAACACAAUGUGUUCAUUGUAGACAACUCCUCAGAUACAUUAUCGGCCACACACAGUAUUUCCUGUUCCAAGCGAGGCUGUGCAACUGUCAGGGACAUCAGUGGAGACACGUAACAUGUGCAAUACAAGGUUAUGCACACUACGUGACAGCGUUGUCAUUUAUUUCGUCAACCUGACCCCUAACAGAGUUAUCACAGUAUAUCGUCAAUAUAAUAAAGUUCUUGGAUCAGAAA